AUGUUAGCAUUAGCAGCGGCAAAGAAAUGGCAUUUGAAACAGCUGGACGUCAACACUGCCUUCCUUCAUGGAGAUUUGGACAAGGAAGUUUAUAUGAAGAUACCACUCGGUUUGCCUGUGUCACAACCAGGUUUGGUUUGUAAAUUGCAAAAAUCUCUAUAUAGGCUUAAGCAAACAAGCAGGCAAUGGAACAUUAAGCUCACUCAGACUCUUGUGGACGCUGGUUAUAAGCAGUUUUUUUAUGAUCAUUCACUCUUCAUCAAGAAACAAUCUGAAAGCUUCACUGCCAUUCUAGUAUAUGUUGAUGACUUGGUUUUAACCGGGAAUGACAUUGGUGAAAUCAAUUCCAUCAAGCAAGAUUUGGAUGACAAAUUCAAAAUAAAGGAUCUUGGUGAUCUCAAAUACUUCUUGGGAAUGGAAGUAGCACGCUCUAACUCUGGAAUUCACAUUUAUCAGCGAAAUCAGAAACUCUCAAAGGAAUCAGGUACCAUUUUAACAGACAACACUGUUUACAGACAGCUCAUCGGCCGACUCCUUUACCUCACAAACACUAGACCCGAUAUCUCUUAUGCUGUGGGACGUUUGAGCCAAUUUUUGGACUGUGCAACCACUUCUUACCUACAUGCUGAUUUUCGUGUACUCCGAUAUUUAAAAGGCCGACCUGCAACUGGUCUCUUCUUCUCCUCUACUUCUAAUCUGCAUCUCACUGGAUUUGCCGAUGCUGACUGGGCUACUUGUGCCAAUAGUCGUCGCUCCGUUUCCGGAUAUUGCUUCAUGCUUGGGAACUCGCUCAUUAGCUGGAAGAGUAAGAAGCAAACCACAGUUGCCAAGUCCUCUGCAGAAGCUGAAUAUAGGUCUCUUGCUGUUGCCACUUGUGAAGCUAGUUGGUUAUCUUUCUUAAUGGAUUUCAUUGGCUUGCCGCUUCAAAAGUCUAUCACUCUAUUAUGUGACAACCAGUCAGCUAUUCACAUUGCCAAUAAUCUCAUCUUUCAUGAAAGAAAUAAACACAUUGAAGUGGACUGCCACAUUGUUCGUGAAAAGCAUUUGUCUGGUCUCAUUCAUCUUAUGCCAGUUCGUUCCAAGGAUCAACUUGCUGAUUUUCUUACCAAAGCUUUGUCACCGGGUCCUUUUCUUGCUAAUGUUUCCAAGCUAGGAUUGUUAGAUUUACACAAUUCUAGCUUGCGGGAGGGUGUUACCUAG